UGUGCAUUGUGGAAAAUUACAAAAAAUAGGGAAAUUAUCGUGUAAAUACGACGCAAAUUAUCACUGGUGUGUUCAUGUGUAAAUUCCAUACGAUUUUCACGACUUCUUUUCUCGGUGGAAGAAAGUUUUAAUCGCUGCCGUCGUUGUCGCUGUCGUCCCCAUUGGUGUCUCUCGCUUGUCGCAUUGAUUGUAUGUUUUGAAUCGUUCAUUCGGAUUUCCGCAUGCUGAAAAUUCACGUGAAUUUUUACAUGAUUUCAUCUUGUGAGUGCUUUAUCGAGGAAAGAAAUCCGCCGGAAAAGUUGGGAAGGUUUCAAUGCGAACUUUUUUGUUAGUGACGUGAUUUGCAUGUUGGCCUCAUUUUCACGUUGGUGCAGAUGUCAAAUCUUUCAGUGUUUGCUCUGAAGGAAAUUCAUGGAGAAUUUUAGUUGAAUAGAGAGUGCGAUUGUAAUGUGAUCCUACAGGGAGCUGAGUACGACGCAUAAUUGGAUUACUAUCGAUUUUCAAUGCACGGUAGCGGAGCACGAGCUGUAGUUUGGGGAAAUCUAUUUGGAAGUCCUUCGAAGCUAACACCACUGCCCAAAUCAUGUCCGAGAAGGGAGAAAUGGAUGAUCUGGAAGAUUGCAAUACGGAGCCCCACAAUCGCACUAUAAUCCACAUUGACAUGGACUACUUCUACGCUCAGGUCGAAGAAAUUCGAGAUCCUAGCUUACGUACAAAACCAAUGGGUAUUCAACAAAGAAAUUGUGUCGUCACAGCAAACUAUCCAGCCCGCGAGUUCGGCGUAAAAAAGAUGAUGACGCUUGCAGAAGCGAAGAAACUCUGUCCUCACUUGGUCCUAGUUAACGGCGAAGACCUAACGAAUUAUCGUCAAAUGUCUGCAAAAAUUUUCGAAGUAUUACAAAAGUUCACUCCACUCGUGGAAAAGUUAUGUUUGGAUGAAAAUUAUUUGGAUGUAACGGAGAUCGUUAAUCAAAGGAUGACCGGAAAUUUUAACGAUGAAAUUUUCGAUGUGAAAGGCUUUAUUUAUCCGAGUGGAGGUAAGUUAGAUGCAUGUGGCUGUGGUUGUGCACAACGAUUGGCCGUGGGGACUCAUCUGGCGCAAGAAAUUAGAGAUGAAUUGUACAAGACUUUGGGAAUAACAUGCUGUGCUGGAAUUUCCUACAAUAAGUUUCUCGCUAAGCUAGUCGGGAGCAUGAAUAAACCAAAUAAGCAAACGGUCCUGGUGUCAACAAAGUCAGUGCAGUUCAUGCGAGAACUAGGCUCGUUGAGUAAGAUAACAGGGAUCGGGCAAAAGACCGAGCAGUUAUUAAAUGAAAGUGAUAUUCGGACAGUAGAAGAACUGCAAAAUUGUGAUUUUAAUGUAAUAAAAAAGAAAUUUGGAUUAGAAUCGGCACAACGACUGAAGGAUCUGUCUUUUGGACGAGACCCAUCAUCAGUUCGAACGACGGGGAAGCCCAAGUCAAUUGGCCUAGAGGACUCUUGUAAACCAAUCUCGGUCCGAAAAGAUGUGGAGGAGCGUUUCAGAUUACUUCUUAUGCGACUUGUUAGCCAGGUAUCUGAAGAUGGACGAAUUCCAGUUACUAUCAAGAUAAUUGUACGUAAAUAUGAUGCUAAGAAAAAGUCCAGCCACCGAGAGACAAAGCAAGCGAACGUAUUGCCAUCACUUUUUAAAUUAUUGCAUGAUGGGCAAAUAAUGUUGGCAGAUGGUGCUCAAGAGAAAUUGUUAAAGAUAAUUAUGCGCCUUUUUGAACGAGCCGUUGACAUGGCUAAGCCGUUCAACAUCACCCUUUUAGGAUUAGCAUUUAGCAAGUUCCAGGAACGAAAGUUCGGUUCAUCCUCAAUAGCAAACUUCUUCAUUAAGAAAUCCGAUUUAGAAGUUCAAUCGGUCACGAGCUUGAAGAGCGAUGGAACUGAAUCUAAUUCUGAGUCGAAUGCCCCAGAUGAAAUCUUACCAUCAUCCUCUGCCUUUAUGCAACGUGCAACAAAUUCCUCUCCCGCAUCAUCUUCAAUGUCUAUGGACUUCGAAUCAUUCUCAGAUGUUUCCGAUUUUUCAGAACCAGAAGUAGAACCCUCACCAAAAAAAUCUCGAUUAGGUUUGUUGAUUGCUAAGCGACGCUGUCUAUCAUCUAGCGAUACAAGUGAUAUUGCAUCUCCAAGCAAAUUACGGGUGGCUGAGCUUCGUUUGAACUCUCGCGACAGUGAGAAGGAUUUCGGGAAUCUACCAACGACAACGGCUGUCCCGGCAGCAACUUCUUCGAAAUCGCAAUCGAAUAAGACCACCACAUCACAAAUUGAUUCUCCAAUGAAGGUAACUGAUUCGAGCGCCACUAUAGUAUCCAAUGGUCGUCCUAAUUCAAAUGAAGAUAACCGAAUGGAGACAACAAUAACGGGAAACCUGGCGAACAUUCCAUGCCCAUCUGGUGUUGAUCCGCAAGUUUUCAAGGAACUGCCACAGGAAGUUCGAAACGAACUAAUUACAUCGUGGCGUAAUUCUUUAGCAACAAAAUCCAAUCACCAUGGAGCUACAGCGACUCCAGCUGCUACGACGGCUGGAAGGAAUACGUUACAUCGAUAUUUUAUUAGGAAUAAAUGAGAAUUGAGAGUUUCGGUUACAAAUCUGAAUAAAAAUAAAAUAAAAAAUUCACAAGGGUCUAUAGAUUGGCAAGGCGUCAUUGAAAAUCAGGAGAAUUUGAUGGAUAUGUCCCAUGGUUUGGACUGAAGACGCAUGCGAUUCGCUGCAAUAUUCGGCCUCCAAGAAAAAAUGUCAAAUUGGGCGAAUUGAGGUGUUCAAGACGGAAAGGGUUAGUUAUGAAAGCAGUAUCUAUUGGUGGCAUAUGCGAGAAAAAAACAUAUUUCAUGUCGUAAAAAGUACAAAACCUCAAAAUUUCAAUUCAUAAAUUAAGGGCACAACAUUCUUAAGAUCGUUUUGAAGAUCGAAAGUGAAUUAACUUUUUGUUGAACCACAAGUGUUCCAAUCGAUCGAUGCUAUCUACUAAAAUUGUAAACCAUAAACGUCGUAUUGUGAUCCUAACUGUUUAUUUAAGAGGCACAUUCUUUUUAUCUAGUAGUACUUAAACCGGAACAUUGAAGUCCUUUAGUGAACUCGCGGAUAAUUCCGAAUGUUAAGUUCCUUUUAUUUUCUCGACGACAUCAACUUCAACAUCAUUUGAGGGACAAACAGAACAAUGAAUCGUGUUUAAAGUUAAGUAUACGAGAAAAACGAGAUAUUUUUUUAACAGUAAAUUCCAACGAAUGCAUUUGAUUGCCUUUAGAUUCAGUUCAAAGGAAGGUAGCAAGCAAACAAAAUAGAAGAACAAUAAAAUUUUAUAUGAUCACUAAUUACACUAGAUUUUAACGUGAAACAUUUAUUUAUUAUUAAUUUUUCCACUUCAUAAAAUCCAUUUUUAUGAAUAUUUUGAAUUGAAUUUAUUUAUGCAGUGCUUUGAAAUGAAAAUGUUACUUUGCAAAUGAGAAAACCUAAGAUUGCACGGUGGCACUGCAUUUUAUUUGCAACAUUUCUCUGUGAACGGAACAAUUAUAUUUUUCACUAUCUACGUAAAUUCAAUGGAAUAUUGUGAGAUUAAAACUAAUUGUAAUAUGAAAUAAUUAUAAAAAUGGAAAACAAAAAUAUGUAAUAAAACGAGGUAAAAUAUUUUUGUAAAAAACAAA